GAAUUUUCAACGUAGAAAUGCGGUUGUUGCUGCUCCUUUCAUUUUUUAUAUUUUCCGUUGGCGGAGGUAAUGGCUGUCAGGUGACGAGCUCCUCCACAGAGACUACCAAGGACUGGUGGGAAACGGCCCAGUUCUAUCAGAUUUAUCCUCGCUCGUUCAAAGACUCGGACGGAGAUGGAAUCGGCGACUUGAAUGGCAUAACUAGUAAGCUAGAGUAUCUCAAGGAUCUGGGAGUAACCGCGGCCUGGUUAUCGCCCAUUUUUACUUCUCCCAUGGUGGACUUUGGCUAUGAUAUUUCCGACUUUUUCGAUAUUCAACCGGAGUAUGGAACUCUGGAUGAUUUUCGCGCCCUAAUAAAAAAAGCCAAGGAACUCGAUCUCAAAAUAAUUUUGGACUUUGUGCCCAACCACUCAAGCAAUGAGAGCUCUUGGUUCAAGAAGUCCGUAAAAAGGGAAAAGGGCUACGAGGACUACUAUGUUUGGCACGAUGGCAAGAUAAAUGCCACCACUGGCGAAAGGGAACCUCCUACCAACUGGCUACAGUAUUUCCGAGGCAGUGCCUGGGAGUGGAAUGAGGAGCGCCAGCAGUACUACCUUCAUCAGUUUGCUGUGCAGCAGCCAGACCUAAACUAUCGUAAUCCCUUGGUGGUGGACCAAAUGAAACGAGUGCUCCGGUAUUGGCUAAACGAAGGAGUUUCAGGAUUCAGAUGCGAUGCUCUACCCCCACUAUUUGAGGUGCUGCCUGAUGCCGAUGGCCAGUUUCCUGAUGAGGUUGUGACCGGCGCCACCGAUGAUCCUGAUGAUCGCGACUACCUAACCACAACCUACAUCGAAAAUCAGCCUGAAACUAUUGACAUGGUUUAUCAGUGGCGCACUGUCCUGGACGAUCACAAGCGUAUAUUCGGUGGAAACAGCAGUGUCUUACUUAUAGAGACAUACUCAGCCGCCUGGUUCAGCAUGCAGUUCUACGGCAAUCGGACCACUGAGGGAGCCCACCUGCCCUUCAACUUCAAUCUAAUCACGGUGAUGGAGCAAAAGGGCUUGAGUGCCAGUCACGUUCAGGAGGCCAUAGAUCUGUGGUUAAAUAAUAUGCCAGCUGGAAGGACGGCCAAUUGGGUGAUAGGAAACCAUGACAAGAGAAGAGCGGCCAGCCGGUAUGGAGUGGAGCACAUCGACGCCAUGAACAUGCUGGUAAUGGUUCUUCCUGGUGCCAGUGUCACCUACCAGGGCGAAGAGAUUGGCAUGACCGACGGGGAAAUCAGUUGGGAGGACACUGUGGAUCCCUGGGGCUGUAAUUCCAAUGCAGACAUUUACGAGAAUUACACCAGGGACCCGGAAAGAACGCCAUUUCAGUGGACGGCGGGCAGCAAUGCCGGAUUCACAGAUGGACCUUCCACUUGGCUGCCUCUCGCUGAUGGCUAUGAGACCGUAAAUGUGGAAACGGAAUCAUCCGCAGACCGUUCCCAUCUCAAGAUUUACAAAUCGUUGGUGGCUCUGCGAAAAUCAUCAAAGACCCUUCAGAAUGGAUCUACCAAAUAUGGGGUUGUAGAGGAGGAUGUUUUGGUUAUACGACGAUCACUUACCAACUCACCUACCUUAGUGGCCUUAAUUAAUUUUGGAACGGAAACCAAAACAGUCGAUGUAAGCCAGUUUGACAAGAAUCUUACAGCCAAACUGAAGUUGCUGAUACGCAGUCUGGACUCCACCAAGACGGAAGGCACUGAGUACGAUCCUCUCUCCUUAAGCAUCGAGCCUGCGGAGGCCUUGCUUCUUACCACCGAAUAAAAGUCAAUUCUUAAACAGGAAGUUGGUUUUGGAUUCUUUGAUAAUCGUCUUGCUUUAUUCGUAAAUACAAACAUACAUAUAUGCAGCCAAAUAACAUUUAGCAUAUUGUUGUCAAUAUUAUUAAUAGCUAUAAAUCGAGUAACUUAUUUGAGAGACAUUCAAAUCUUGGAUGUUCCAUGGGGGUCUCAAUAACACACACAUAGAAAACGAAUACAUUUCGCUAAUAUUUAAAGGAACCCCAUGACUUGGCUAGACAUGAUUCACAUUUCUUAAGUACUUUAACAAAUAUUUAACUACGCGUAUUGGAGAUAGCACAUUUCGAGUGGAAAGUUGCACACAAUUAACAUUAAUUUGUAUUCACAUCAAAGUAUAUAACUAUAAGUAGAGUUAUGAUCCUGUAUGUACACCUUAGAUGGACAACAAUUAAAUCUACCAUGUUGAUGGGCUCAAACAACACAAUAAAUGCAAUUGUAAUUGUUCUAA